AUGGUUGACCAGCCAAUGAGAUGGCACCAUGUGGAUGGUGAAAAAAAUAAAAAUCUUGGGCGGAAUCCUUCUCUUUUUUCUUGCUCAUACGCAGGGUGUUUGUCCGUGGCUGGUGAUGAACUCUCGGGCUUCGCUGGGGCAUGCCAUCGCGAGGAAGAUGACCGAACAUCGCGAGGGCUUUCCGGCGAGAAGCUAUUGGUCGCGUUGGAUGCACGAUGGCCGAAUUUUUUUUUUUUUAGUCGUGUCUGGCCGGUCUUGGUGGUUGCGUGCGGCUGUGGAAACAUGAGCCAUUUAUGGCCGCACGUGGGACGGGCUGCGGCUAUACGAGGUCGUUUAUUAAUUGAGCAGAGAAAAAGAUCGAGUGGGGCUGGGGACGGACCAGAUCUCGCGAGGAUGACGAUCGACCGGAGAUUAUCUGACUGUUGUGAAACACAGACGAUGGGUGUUGGCCGGAGAUGGCAGGGCUGA